AGACCAUGAGCCGGGAGGCGUCGCCCGGUGAUUGCGUCGCCAUGGAGCCGAGGGCAGUAGGUGUCUCCAAACAGGAUAUUCGUGAACAAAUUUGGGACUACAUGGAAUCACAAAAUUUAGCUGACUUUCCCCGACCUGUUCAUCACAGGAUUCCCAACUUUAAGGGGUCUUAUCUGGCUUGCCAAAACAUCAAAGACCUAGACGUUUUUGCCAGAACACAGGAAGUUAAAGUGGACCCUGAUAAACCACUGGAAGGUGUUCGGCUGCUGGCGCUGCAGAGUAAAAAAACAUUGUUGGUUCCAACACCACGACUGAGAACAGGGUUGUUUAAUAAGAUCACACCACCCCCUGGGGCAACUAAAGACAUCUUGAGAAAAUGUGCCACCUCUCAGGGUGUGAGGAACUACAGCGUCCCCAUAGGCUUGGAUUCCAGAGUCCUUGUGGAUUUAGUCGUGGUGGGAUCCGUCGCCGUUUCUGAAAAAGGCUGGAGAAUCGGGAAGGGAGAAGGCUACGCCGAUCUGGAAUAUGCCAUGAUGGUAUCCAUGGGCGCCGUCAGCAAGGAGACGCCGGUGGUCACCAUCGUCCACGACUGCCAGGUCGUGGACAUCCCUGAAGAGCUUGUUGAGGAGCACGACAUCACCGUGGACUACAUCCUCACCCCAACCAGAGUCAUCGCCACAGGCUGCGAGCGCCCAAAGCCAAUGGGAAUCACCUGGUUCAAGAUCAGCCGGGAGAUGAUGGAGAAAAUCCCCAUACUGAGGAGGCUCCGCGCCCGAGAGCAGCAGGCUGGGAAGGAUGUCACCCUCCAGGGUGAGCACCAGCACCUUCCAGAACCAGGCCGCCAGCAGACAGUGCCCCUGAGUGCUGGCAGGAGGCCCCCGGACACACCCGGGCCAGAAGCCAAUUCCAUGGAGGCAGCCCGUGGCUCCCCACCAGGGGAGGGUGCCCUGCUUGCAGCCGAUGUUUUUGUUGGGAACCUCCCCCAGGACGCCCGUGUGAGUGACCUGAAGAGGGCCCUGCGGGAACUGGGCUUCGUGCCCCAGCGGCUCACCUGGCAGGGCCCACGGCGCAGAGCCUUCCUCCACUACCCGGACUCGGCCACAGCCCAGCAGGCUGUCUCCUGCUUGCAGGGCCUGCGCCUGGGCACCGACACCCUGAGGGUGGCGCUGGCCAGGCAGCAGAGGGACAAGUGACCUCGUGGACAGCCACGAUGCUCACUGCAGACUCGCCAUCCCCAUCCCCUGCCGCUCCGGUUCCAGUGGCACUCGAGAGGUCUGCGUGGCAAGAUGUGUCGGAGCCACCGCCUGAGCUGCUCGGGUCUCAGUUCUUCUCAGAAGUCACCGCUCAGUGAACGCCCAGGACCUCCUGUGAGUGGGGAAGCUGGCCUGCAGUUCAUCUCACAGCACGCAGAGACUGCAGCCUCCCAUGCGUGCAGGCUCGGGCCUUGAGCCAGUUUGUGUUUCUCUGGAGGGACAGAGCAGAGGGUCCAGGGACUGAGUGAGUGGCUAAAGCAGGGCAGGGUGAUGUGAAGGUGAUCUCGGGUUUGCCAGGGGUGGGCUGAACAGGAGAGGAUGAACAAAGGAUCCGGCUCUCAAGAGGCCCUGGCAGGGACUGGAUGCCAGAUACAGAAGAGCGCCCUUGGGCUUCAGGCUCCUGAGCCGGCAGCACGGCAGGGAGAGCUCCAUCCAUGUCGCAGGAGCCCGGGGAGCUCAGACCCCGGGUAAAAAGUGCUCACUGCAGCUCACAUCAGUCCUCAGGUCACACUUUGGGGAGCCAGCCUCCCCUCUUCCCCUCCCCAGCCCCACUCCUCCCUCUGCAGACACACACUCCGGGCCCUCAGCCAGCUGGCUGCCUGAGGAGCAGCUUUGAGCUGUGGGAGAGACCGGCUCUGGGAGAAUGGGUUUCAUCCCAGCCUACGUCACAUUUGCCCAGUGCCUUAUGUUUUCUGGGUUUUUUUCCUCCGGUUCUGUUUCUAAAAACCAGCUGGAGUUUGGCUGAACUGUCCUUUCUCAACAGAAGCGCUUUUGCAAUUGAUCCCGGGCAACAAGUCAAAAUAAGCUUUUAAGUGGAGAUUUUGUUUUUUUCAAAUGUAUAUGCUUUGGAAAUUUUGAUUUUUUAGCCAGAGGGUUUUACCAGGUGUUAUUUUAAGCACAUGAUGAUGCCUGGAGAGGGCAGCCUGUGCACGCACUUUCAAGAAAAUGUUCUCGGGACACUCAGUCUUCUCGGAAAGGGCAUUUUCUCAUCGGUUUUACCGUGAAAAUGCUGUGGAGACUCUUCGGACAGAAAACGCGGCCUUGGAUUCGCUCAUUAAAGACAUCCCUUCCCAAGUCGCCAUGAAUAAAAUGAGCGGGUAGAAAUGUCUGCAAGCGCCGCACCUGGCCCUGGGCCCUGGGCCCUCUGUGUCCUUGGCCUUGCCCCCGCCCACACGGCUGGUCACAUUUGCCAUUGGGCAUUCAGCUCAGUGUCAGAGGCCGACUCAGUCCCCAGUUCAGAGUAGUCACCUGGUUACACUGAACUCCUCACCUUCUUUUCUCUCUUUUUUUAAAGAAUGCUUCUUUUUUUGAAAGAUUCUUUUUUGUUUCUUUGUUUACCUUUUUCCUGUGGAUUGGUCGCCAUUAGAAUAGCAACUCCAGGAGAAGAGCAAGUGAGUCAGCCCCACCUUGUCCACUCCCUGCCCCACCAGCAGUGGGCACAGUCCUGCAGACAGGAGCAAGGACAUCGGGGAAUAGACCCACUGCAGCCGGGAGAGGGAGAAGCUGGAUUCUGACCCCACCACUGGAAGUCCUGUUUCCAGCCAUGCCUGAAGCCCACCCCACCCUCGGACGGCGGGAUUAAACCAGGCAGUACAGGGUUACUCGGGGAAGCCAGACUGCUGGGGUUUCCUGUCACUUCAGCCAAAAGAGUCCAGGUGUAUGGAUAUACAGAUAAUCCGAAAGAGUUUCUCAUUUUUAUAUUUGUGGAACAUCGUGUAAGCGAAACUAAAGAGCAAGUGCCUGAAAUAAAAUCCCCCGCAUGUAUCAGCCUG